AUGUCUAGUUCAGUUUCUCCGACAAAGACUACGAGUGGGCCUGGUGCAGCCAGCAUUUCUGGCUCUGCAACCCCAACCUCAUCAGUUUCUGGAGUCGGUUCUGGUUCUAUUUCUGCUGUUGCAUCAGGGACCACUGCCGGCAUUGCUACCAGUGCUAUCCCCCCUGUCACAUCCGAUUCUACAUCAUCUGUUGCAUCAACUGCUGUUGAAUCACCAUCAGAUGGCCGUCGUCGUCAGGCAUACCGUGACGAAGCUAUUCGACGUAAAAUCAAUACAAGUCUCUCUAAACGGGGUGGUGGUAGCAGCUCCACAGGUGGAUUUCCUUCUGGAUCUUCAAAACAACGACGGCCGCCACCUGGGACUGUUCUUUCUUUGCGCCCUUCUCCUCCACUUACAAUGAAAUACUCUGCUACUGUUUUUGAGGCAGCCCGUCUUAUGGCUGCCAAGCGUGAAAACUGUGUCUUGGUUGUGGAUGAAGAUGAUACAGUUUGCGGUAUCUUUACAGCCAAAGAUUUGGCUUUCCGUGUUGUUGGAGCCAACUUGGAUUCUAAAUCAGUGGCCAUUGAACAAAUUAUGACUCGCAAUCCCAUGUGUGCACGCACAGACACCUCUGCCACAGAAGCCCUGAACCUUAUGGUUAACGAAGGCUUCCGCCAUUUGCCAAUUAUGGACGAUAACCAGGACAUUGCUGGUGUUCUUGAUAUUACAAAGUGUUUCCAUGAAGCCAUGGAAAAGCUUGAGCGUGCUUACAACUCUUCUCGAAAACUCUAUGAUGCACUUGAAGGUGUGCAGAUGGAGGGAGGUCUUGCUGGAAACUCCCAUCGUGCUGCGCAAAUCAUUUCUUAUGUCGAAGCCUUGAAGCGCCAAAUGGAGGGCCCUGAUCUUACAACUGUUCUUGACGACACAACUGUUCCUGUUUUUGUUAAUUCAAAAACUAAUGCCGCAGAAGCUGCUCGUCUUAUGAAGGAGCGAAAUACCACUGCAGUUUUAGUAACUGAUAAUAACCAUAUUACAGGCAUUGUUACUUCGAAAGACAUUGUUCUUCGUGUGAUUGCCGCCGGAUUUAAUCCCAAUAUUUGUUCUCUUGUUCGCGUUAUGACACCUCAGCCCGACUUUGCUCCUCAGUCUUUGACUAUUCAAUCUGCAUUACGCCAAAUGUAUGAUGGAAACUACCUUAAUCUUCCUGUUAUGGGUGAUAAUAAUGAAAUUGUUGGAAUUGUUGAUGUUCUUACCCUGACCUAUGCAACUCUUCAACAAAUAAAUUCAAUUAGCACAUCUGAUUCUGAGGGCCCUGCUUGGAAUCGCUUUUGGACCUCAUUUGAUGAUCACGAUACCCACUCUACACACUCGGAUGGGUCCGGAUAUAACCAACUUGGUGGAAGCAAUAGCAUUAUUAAUCAACAACAGCAGCAGCACCUUCGCGCAAGUACACCUGGCGGAAUGGGAUCUGGAAGCGUUGUUUCUACACGUGCACGCGAUAUGGCUUCUCCCGGAAUCACUUCAUCUGAGUUGGCUCAGUUCAAUAUUGUUGAAUCAGGGUAUGAAAUUGGACCCAGUGAUUCAAUUUCACAUGCAGGUAUCACCACAGAUAGUGUGCUUCUUCCUAGUGUUGGUCUUGGAUCACUUGUAGGCUCUACUGCUCGAGGGUCUGUUGCUGUUUCUACUGGACCUACAGGUGGAUCUAUUUCAUCAGAAACUAUUCCAUUCCCAUUUAAAUUUAAGACACCUUCUGGACGGGUUCAUCGUGUUACCAUUGCCCCAGUCGACGGACUAGAAUUUUUCCGUAAUGAAAUUCUUCAAAAAAUGAAACCAGAUGAAAUUUCUAAGCUGGGUGGUGCGGAUGUUGAAGUAGAUGAGGAAACUGGUACUUUGCUUCAACCAGGAUUUGCCAUUUCAUAUAUUGAUGAUGAAGGUGAUGUGAUUGCAAUUACUUCUUCUAAAGAUCUUUCUGAAGCCAUUGCUAUAAACCGUUCGCUCGGUAAGGCUAAGGCUGAGCUUUAUAUCCAUCAUCCCGAUGAAGAAAUUUCUCCUCCGGCUCCGGCAUCUAUAGCCACAGGAAUUGGCAGUGUUGCACCUUCAACAUCUUCAAUCCAAAACAGAUCAGCACUCACUUUAUAUCGUCGUGAUGAUAAUAAUAAUGAUGAUGAAGAUGAUGAAGAUGAUGAUGACGGAAUUUCCUACCGCAAAAGUGCUCGUAAUGCACGAAGACGUAGGGGUCCACGCGGGGGAACUAGUCCAGCAGAUGAAAUGCUGAUACCUGGUGUUCCCAAUGAAUUACUUCUUCCUGGUGCGCUUGUUACACUGGCUGCGUCAAUAUUGGCUGUAUUUGCAUUGAACCGCCAUCAUUAA